CUGCGAUGGACCCGCUACGGAUAUUCAUCAAAUUCGCCUGUCUACUUGGGAUAUGUUUCUAUUCUACGGAGGCACAAAAGUCACUCUGGCUUACAGAAAUCGUCGAUACUUUUAAAUCUGUCCCGGGUACCUUAUUUCUCGGGAGUAAUAUAACGAACAUAACGUCGAUAACACCAAAAUGUUGGUCGGAUUUUCAGUUCUAUUUGGCAGUGCUUAACAAUUCACCGACACCAAUAUUCACCAAUCAAUCGGUACCUCGAGAAAUCAUUUACAUGCUUGAUGCCGAUGCAGUUCCACCAGCAGGUAUUACAAGCGGCAAAGGGUUUUGGAAUGGAGACUAUGACCUUUGUAUGUCCCUGAAAGUUGAUAACAAGGUGUUCAACUAUACUGAGUAUACGGAGGACGGGAUACCCAGACGAGAUGUUAGCCUACGUGCGAACUUCAAGGCGCAGUACUACCGAGUUGUCAUACAUGCUUUAGAUGGGAUAGGAUUUAUUGAGGGAUACCAAAAUUUCACUAUUACCUUCGGAGUGUGCGCCCCUGAUAGUUGCUCAUCAUCUGAUGUACAUACAAUGCUAAAUGAUGGAGAAAGGUCAUUUGAUGUUGCAUCUGUUGAAAACCCCACAUCGGGCAGAGGAUUUAUCAAAGACGACCCUGGAGCUAUUGUAGCAUUGUGGAUUAUCAGUAUCUUUGUUGCGAUUGUGUUAGCCGCCACACUGAUAGAUAUGUUUUACAUCACAUUACAACGAAAACGACACAAAAGAGACGCUGAACUAUACAAAGAAACCACCACAAAAGGCGCCAAAGUGAAUCAUGCAUAUGGUGAUUCAAAUGAUAAACAUGGCACUCAAGCGACACGUUUUACUACGGAAAAUCAAAUCAACGGGAGUUAUUACACACAGAAAGGUGACGAUGAUAGAAAAGAACAUUCUGUUAUCAAUGGGGCUGACAAUGGAAGUUUGAAAAUCGUGACUUCUGAUGCUCUAAAGGACGAUGCUGCAACUAAUGGUCUCAGCAACGGAAGUUUAAAAAUCGCGACCGCUGAUGUUCCGAAUCACAAACCAAAACCAUAUAGUCCAGGAGUUGGUAUUCAAAUCAUUCUUGCCUUCUCAGUGUACAGCAAUCUUCCCCAACUGAUGAGUGUUGAUGCUCCCAAAGGCUCCUAUAGACAAUCAAUAUUUACAGAAAAUUACAAUUUUUGGUUGCUUCCGGUGUACCAAGGUCAGUACAAUAACAGAGCACUCACAAAUUCGCAGCUGGCCGUGGAUUCAUUCUUCGUUUUAAGUGGCUUCCUUGGUGCAGUUUCCUUCUUGAAGACACUGGACAGACAAGGUGGGAAACUACGGCUCAAGCAGAUGGGAUUAUACUUCUUUCACAGAUUUUGGAGACUGACUCCAGUUUAUAUGAUAGUUUUGAUGUUUUUUGCAACCCUUUUUAAAUAUACGGGCGAUGGUCCACUUUGGCCCGUGCGCCAGGAUCAGAUAGAGGGAUGUCGGAUGCAUUGGUGGACUAACCUACUAUAUAUUAACAAUCUCUAUUUACCAGGCCCACUGUGCUUGGGAUAUACGUGGUACCUUGCUAACGACAUGCAGUUCUAUAUUGUCGCUCCUGUAUUCCUGUUUGCCUUGUUCAAGAAACCCGUUGUUGGCUAUAUUCUCACUGGACUAACCUUCCUUGGAAGUAUCAUUGCAAUCAGCGUCCUGCACUUCCAGGGCAACGCUGACUAUGUCCAGUACUACAUAAAGCCAUAUACAAGAAUUGGGCCAUAUAUCAUUGGUAUAUGGCUAGGAUACUUCAUAUGGAGAACAAAAGGAAAAAUCAAAAUGAAAUGGUGGAUGCAAGCGAUAGGAUGGAUAUUUGCUAUAGGAUUUAUACAUGCUGCAAUUUACGGAAACUUUAGGCCACUUGGCACGCCAUUUGAGGGAGUCCCGGCUGCUUUCUAUAUUAUGUUCAAGAGACAUAUCUUUGGGCUGGCUGUUGCUUGGAUUUGCUUGGCAUGUAUUACUGGAUAUGGAGGAGUGGUAAACAAACUAAUGUCAUGGCGAGUUUGGAUCCCUCUUUCUAAGUUGACGUACACUGGAUACUUGAUCCAUCCAAUGGUCAUGUACUAUUAUCACUACAACAGGAGACAGCUACAGUACAUGAGGAUAUUUCCAGAAAUGGUGUUUUUGUUUUGCGCAAUACUAUGUGCAACAAUAGCUGCAAGUAUCCUGGUUACACUGACAUUUGAGAUUCCAGUGUUACACCUUGAGAAAAUCAUGUUUCCACAAAACAAAAAGAACAAAUAAAG